AAUACAAAAAUUAGCCAGGAAUGGUGGCACACACCUGCAAUCCCAGCUGCUAGGGAGACUGAGGCAGAGGAAUUGCUUGAACCCAGGAGGCAGAGGUUGCAGUGAGCUGAGAUCACACCACUGCGCUCCAGCCUGAGUGACAGAGCAUGACUCCAUCUCAGAAAGAAAAAAAAAAAAAAGGAAGAACACACAACUCCUCUCCUCAGUCUUACCCAGGGAGGAAAAAAAAAAUAGAAAACACAACUCCAAAGACCAACAAUUAGUAUUUUUCUUCCUUCCCUAACACACAACAUAAUCUCUUCAAAACAGAUGGAACCCAUAUUCCAAUAUCUACCUUUGGCAUCUUUUUCAAAGUAUUUCUAGGGUGACAGCUAGGAGCAAAUGGGAAAAAAAAAAUAUUUGGACGCAAACUCUUUUUUCCACUGGGCUUUGAGAAAAUCCCCAUCUUGCGUGCUCCUAGUGUAUCUCUCACUGAUAAGUUCCUCAUAAAACCAGGGCCUUCUCCAGGGCCACGCUGACAGAACUGCCACAGACACACCAUGAUUACGACCCUGCUGCUGUCCGCUCUGGUGGCUGGAGCCCUCAGUUGUGGGGUCCCCACUUACCCGCCUUCUGUGACUAGGGUGGUUGGAGGUGAAGAAGCGACGCCCAACAGCUGGCCCUGGCAGGCCUCCCUGCAAUACACCUCCGAUGGCAAUUGGUACCACACCUGCGGAGGGACCCUGAUCAACAACAGCUGGGUCCUGACGGCUGCCCACUGCAUCAGCGACUCCAGGACCUACCGCGUGGGGCUGGGACGGCACAACCUCUACAUUGCGGAGUCUGGCUCGCUGGCCGUCAGUGUCUCUAAGACUGUGGUGCACCCGGACUGGGACUCCAGCGAUGCCUCCAAAGGGUACGACAUUGCGCUGGUCAAACUGGCUAACCCCGUCUCCCUCACCGACAAGAUCCAGCUGGCCUGCCUCCCUCCUGCCGGCACCAUUCUACCCAACAAGUACCCCUGCUACGUCACGGGCUGGGGAUAUCUGCAUACCAGCGGGCCUGCUUCUGAAGUCCUGCAGCAGGGCCGGUUGCUGGUUGUGGACUAUGCCACCUGCUCCAGGUUUUUCUGGUGGGGCAGCACCGUGAAAACCAGUAUGAUCUGUGCUGGGGGUGAUGGCAGAUCUCCAGCUGCUACGUCCAUCCUCCACCUCGUGGCAGAAGGAGACUCUGGCGGGCCGCUGAACUGCCAGGCGUCUGACGGCCGGUGGGAGGUGCAUGGCAUCGUCAGCUUUGGGUAUAGAUUGGCUCAACUACUACCACAAGCCGUCUGUCUUCACACGGGUCUCCAAAUAAUCGACUGGAUCAAUUCG